CCAAAAAGUCCGGGGAAAGCUGCCCCGGAUUUUUCUUUUUGGGAGGAGAAGGAAAGAGUCACAAUGUGAAUUUCAUCCCACGACUAUCCUAACGACGCGAUAUCAAGGGUAACGGUGGUCAAUUGACAUUGAUUCCACUCGCUCUGAACAGUGAUUCGCUCAUCCUCUCCCAUUGAAGCAGGCACACGUACACACUCGUACAAUCACAAUGAGGAUACCGAAUCGUUCUCCCCCGAUCCUAAGGAUCGCCAACGGCUCCUUUUACCGGCGCCACCCCAACACGCACACCACGCACCCGAACCCGCCCCUCUUCACAGACCUGAACCUCGAGUUGUCCUCCGCCACCGCCGCCGACAAGAACAAGAGCCACUGGUGCAUCGUCGGCCCCUCGCUCUCGGGCAAGACGACGCUGCUGCAGGUCCUCCGCGGCCAGCACCUCGCCAUCCCGCCCACGGCGCGAACGUACCCGUACCUCUCCACCGAGGCCGUCCCGCCGCGCCUGAGAAGCGCCAACAGAGCGAUACAAUAUGUUGGCUUCGACGGCGACGGUGGGUUGGGCGGCGGGCAUACUACCAGUGCGUACCUCGCUGCGCGGUACGAGUCCAGGAGGGAGAAUACGGAUUUCUCGCUGCGGGAUUACUUGCUGGGCAACACGGAGCUGAAUCCUCUCGACACCUUACCGGGAGAGGAGAACCUGAUGCCGCCGGAGCUCGUGGAGAGGGUCGUGAAGGACCUGAGGCUGGAGCCGCUGCUGGAUCUGCCCGUCGCGUUCCUGAGUAACGGCCAGGGCCGCCGCGCGCGCAUCGCGAGGGCGCUGCUGUCGACGCCGGAGGUGCUGCUGCUGGAUGAGCCAUUUAUGGGGCUUGACCCCCCGACCGUGGCUGGGUUGAGUCCCGUGUUGGAGGGGAUCGCGGAGCGGGCGAGCCCCAGGCUGGUGUUGAGUGCUCGGCCGCAGGAUCCGUUGCCCGAGUGGAUUACGCAUUUGGUGUAUCUGCGCGGGGAUUGUCAGGUCGGGUCGAUGGGGCCUAAGGAGGAGGUGUUGGAGGGGUUGAGGACGUAUGUGAGGGGCGUGUGGAAGGGUGGGUUGAAGGAGGAUGAGAGGUUGCCCGUGCAUUCGCUUGUGGAGAUGGGGAAGGUGUUGACGGCGAGAGGGGUGGAGGGGGAUGGGCUUUUGUCGGCUGGGGAGAAGGAUUCGCAUGCUGUUGAGGCUGCUUCUUCUGCUGCUGCUGAGGAGUCGGCCUCGAUGGCCGUGGGUGAACCGCUGAUUGAGAUGGAUGGGUGUCAGGUGCGGUACGGGAACAAGAUCGCGCUGGGCAACUGGUCUCAGGAGACUCCUUCCGGGCCCAAGGACGGGUUGAUCUGGACUGUCCGGCGAGGGGAGCGAUGGGGUGUGUUCGGUCCGAAUGGGUCGGGCAAGACGACCGUCGUGUCUCUACUGUGCUCCGAUCACCCGCAGACGUACUCUCUUCCCAUCAAACUGUUUGGCCGGAGCAGACUGCCCGAGCCCGGGUCCGGACAGCGGCCUGUCACGUUUUGGGAUAUUCAGUCACGGAUUGGACACUCGAGUCCCGAGGUGCACCAGCACAUGCCCCGCGGCCUGACUGUUCGACAGGUGUUGGAGAAUGCGUGGGCGGAUACGUUCAAGGGCAUUCCUGUGUUGGAUGAGGAGGCACGGGGGAAGGUUGAGGCGACGCUGCGGUGGUUCACGCCGGAGUUGAACCCGGGAUAUCAAAAGGCAGCGUCUUCUUCUGUCACGGGCGAGGGUGACCUCUCAUGGUCAGAUAACUACCUCUUUGGUGGCCUCUCCUUCAGCGCCCAGCGGAUCGCGCUGCUGUUGCGGGCCGUGAUCAAAAACGCCGACGUGGUGGUGCUCGAUGAGGCUUUCAGUGGGAUGGACGAUGCUGUCAGAGACAAGUGUAUGCUCUUCCUCGCCACGGGAGAAGAGAAAACGUACAGCGGGGAGAAGAUCGUAGACAGCGAGGUAGCCAAGGCGGGCCGGGUGCGCGUGAGGGGGUUGAGUGAAGAGCAGGCGUUGAUCUGUAUUAGUCACAUCAAGGAGGAGGUGCCGGACUGCGUGCGGGAGUGGAUUUGCUUGCCCGAGGCCAACGAGGGGUUGCCGGCACGGUUCGGGCGGUUUGAUGGGCCUUUGAGGACGGAUGAGAAGCGGUGGAGGGCUCUUUGGGGUGUAUGAUAACCUGGGCCCCAUGUUUUUCUUGGCACUUCACAUGAAGGAGAACAAGUUGGUCCAAAAGGACAAGAGUAUUGAGAGGAUGAGGGCAAAACGGAGAAUAGACUAUUCGGUGGAUAUAGAAGCAGGUAGGUGAUUGUUUACCCCGGAGGUGAGCUGCACAUCAUCCAUGUGGGAUAGAUAUCUCAGAUGUUGGGUACCAAAGUGUAUCCGUAGAAAGAGCCGCAUGUGGAAAAGAUAGACGUUGCAUACCAAAAGCAAAUCAUCCAAGCCCUCCUCCACCGUGGGCCUGUCAGAGCUACCUUGCUACAUUGCCAUUACCGUUUGGCGCAAAGAUCGUGUUGUGGCC